UAUCAUUUUCUUCAUUUUGGGUCCGAACCGUUGGAUCGAAAUCUGCCGUUAAUUUCAUUUUCCGGUUUGGCUUCUAUGAUUUGGAGCUAAGCCGGCCCUCAAAUUAGAUGCCCAUUGAUUACGGAUAAUCCUAAUUUAGACAAUCAUAAUCACCGUUGUUGCAUUUUCUGAAUUUUAAGCUCUUCACGGUGCUUAACUUUCUGUUUGUUUCCCGAGAAAAAUGAGGAAAAGAAAAGAAAGGAAUUUGAAUCAUGAGUUCUCUGCAAUUAAGAAAAUCUGGAACCCAGCUUAUAUUCAUUCAAUUAUAUGAGGUUUCAUAUUUGGCUUUUCGUUUUUGGCGCUGUUAAUAUUUAUGUUCGAUCACAUUGAAUGAAACCCUAGCUUUUUGAAGGUUCUAAAGCUGUUCUUAUCACUUGUUCAUUCAAGUGAAAGUUGUAUCAAAUAUUCAAAACAGAAAAAGCUUAUGAUGCGAUCUUUUUUAGUUGCGAUCCCCUGAUGUAUUUCCAAUUGGUUAUUGAUUGUCCUGUAAUUAAGAUGCAGAUUAUGCGAUUUAUCUUCUCACCGGUAGGUUAUGGUUUUUAACAAUGUGGAUGAUUUUGAGGGUUUCCAGGUUGAGGCAUUCGCUGAAUAGUUUUUCCCAGCUACUAAUAAGUUUGAAUCAGGGUUUGGGGCAGUUUUUGUAAGCAGGGGUUUCAGUUCAGGCCUCUUAAUAAUGGAAUAGAUGAGACUUGAUAUUUGAGUACUAAAUUGGGAUCCAGUUUUUUCUUAUAAUUUCUUAUGGGGCAAAUAUGGAUACUGUUCUGUUUAAUUCCGGAGGAAUGGUGUUGUCCAAAUGGGUUUUUUGUGCAACAGCUGGAUUUAGUUUCUCGUGAAUGGCCGAUUUGCAGAGUAACAGUCUUGCCGAGAAAGAUGUCAAGCAGGCUAUUACAGCCCUUAAGAAAGGGACAUAUCUGCUGAAGUAUGGGCGCAGGGGGAAGCCGACAUUCUGCCCAUUCCGCAUUUCUAAUGAUGAGAAAGUGUUAUUAUGGCAUGCUGGCAGAGAGGAGAAACAGCUUCAACUAUGCCAAGUGUCAAGGAUAAUACAGGGACAGCAUACUGCAACAUUUCGACGAUAUCCUCGGCUUGAAAAGGAAGAUCAAUCAUUUUCUCUUAUGUACAAAGACGGGUCCUUGGAUAUUAUAUGUAAGGACAAGGAUGAAGCUGAAGUCUGGUUUGUUGCCCUUAGAGCAUUGAUUUCGCAAUGCAACUAUCACAAUUGGAUAAAUGAAACAAGGAGUGACUCUGGAUCAUUAGAUCAUCAUACUGAUAUAAGAAGAAACACUCCAUUGACUGUGUCAGCUAACAGCAGUGACAUAAUCUCCAAGCAUCCCCAAAAGAAGAGAUUGGGAAGAGCAUUCUCUGAUAUUAUAUCAUAUACUGGAGCAGCCAAGGGUUUCACACGGGUAGAAUCAGUUCCCAGUUCCCUGAGCUCGCUAUCAGUUGGGGGAAUAGAUGAUCCAAAUGGCUGCAGUUCUGCAGGUGAUACUUUUCACAUUAGUUUAUCGAGUGCUGUAAGUUCGCCUGGCCAGGGAUCCUUUCGUGAAGAUUUUGAUGCUUUAGGUGAUGUUUUCAUCUGGGGAGAAGCAAUUAGUGAUGCAUUAGUCAGUAGUGGAGUAUGUAGAGUUGGAAGUUCAUCUUUUGCCAGAAGAAAUGCACUUUUACCGAAAGCAUUGGAAUCAACAGUGAUGCUUGAUGCACAAAAUAUCGCUUGUGGCAGUAAGCAUGUGAUGUUAGUCACAAAACAAGGAGCAAUCUUUAGCUGGGGUGAGGGAUAUGGCGGCAGGCUCGGGCAUGGAGUAGAAGCUGAUGUUUCCCAACCAAAACUUAUUGAUGCUCUCAGUGGAUUAAACAUUGAAUUAGUAGCAUGUGGAGAGUACCAUACCUGUGCUGUAACCCUGUCUGGGGAUCUUUAUACGUGGGGUGAUGGUACUUACAAUUUUGGUCUUCUUGGGCAUGGCUGCGGAAUCAGUCACUGGACCCCUAGAAAGGUAAGUUGUCAGAUAGAGGGCAUGCAUGUCUCAUCUAUCUCUUGUGGACCUUGGCAUACCGCUGCUGUAACAUCAGCAGGUCAGUUGUUCACAUUUGGAGAUGGAACUUUCGGUGCCCUAGGCCAUGGAGAUCGUAAUAGCUCAGGCACUCCUAGAGAAGUGGAAACUUUAAAAGGACUACGGACAAUAAGGGCAUCCUGUGGUAUUUGGCACACUGCUGCAGUUGUUGAAAUUACCACAGAACCUUCUAUUAGUUCUUCAGCUGGUAAGUUGUUCACCUGGGGGGAUGGAGAUAAAGGCCAACUUGGCCAUAGGGAUAAAGAACCUAGACUAGCUCCUUCUUGUGUAACAAUAUUAGAUGACGUGACUUUUUGUCAAGUAGCCUGUGGCCAUAGCAUUACAGCUGCUCUUACAGAUUCAGGACAAGUAUACACAAUGGGGGGUGUUGAAUAUGGGCAACUUGGGAGUCCGCAAAGUGCUGAUGGACUUCCUUCUUGCACUGAAGGUAUAAUCAGAAACAGUUUCAUUGAAGAGAUAGCAUGUGGUUCUCAUCAUGUUGCAGUUUUGAGUUCAAAAGCGGAGGUUUACACUUGGGGUAAGGGAGCAAAUGGUCAAUUAGGACAUGGAGACAAUAACAACAGGAACAUUCCUACACUUGUUGAAGCUCUCAAAGACAAACAAGUAAAGAGUGUGGCAUGUGGUUCCAAUUUCACUUCUGCUAUAUGUCUUCAUAAAUGGUUUUGUAGUGCUGAUUGUUCCAUAUGUUCUGGUUGCCAUAAUCAAUUCAAUUUCAGAAGGAAGCGUCAUAAUUGUUAUAACUGUGGACUAGCUUUUUGCAAAGCAUGCAGCAGUAGAAAAUCUCUUAAAGCCUCUUUGGCUCCAAAUAUGAAUAAACCUUAUCGUGUGUGUGAUGAUUGCUUCACUAAACUAAAGAAGGCCUUGGAAUUUGGAUUUUUCCCAUUGCCAAGAGUUGCAAGUGGAAUUAAAAUUCAUAAUCUUAAUGAGGUAGCUGAGAAGGAGUCUAUGGAUUCCAGACCACAUGGCCGACUUCCCAGGCUCACCUCAUUUGGUUCUUUCAAACAGGCUGAAAAUCAACAUUUCAAGCCCAACUUAAAGCUAGAAUUAAACAAUGGUCAUGUUCCCACUCUAAAUGGAAGUUUCCAAUGGGAAGGCUUUUGCACGUCAAAUACAUCAACUUCUGUGUUUGGGUCUUCACAGAAAGCGUCUGCUUCUGUUCCUGGUUCCAGAAUAGUUUCACGAGCAACCUCUCCUGGUUCAAGCAUGGUUUCUCGAGCAACCUCUCCUGUCUCAAGAAACUCAACCUCAUCUUAUUCCAUGACACUGGCAUUGGAUCGUAUUGCUCGUUCAAAUCUGGAAGUCAGCCUUGAUCAUUCUAAGCAAACAAACGACAGCCUCCUCCAAGAAAUAAUAUUGUUAAGGGCACAGGUGGAGGAUCUUACUCAGAAAUCCCAAUUUUUGGAAGAAGAACUUGAAAAAACUUCAAGGCAGUUGAAAGAGUUGACUGCAACAGCAGGGGAGGAAGCGGGGAAAAAACAAGGCUGCAAAUGAGAUGAUCUAAUCUCUUACCCAGUGGUGAGCGGUAGGCUAGGAACAACUUCAAGGUAUAUGAGCAGCACAACAUGAUCCACAGCAUGGAAUAAUAUCUGGUUCUCCACCAAUGUGAGUUGAAAGAUAAUGAAUAAAUCUGAUGAGUGAUAUCCCUGGUAUUGCACAAACCCCUUCUCCUCCACCGACAACUGUAUACUUGUUUUCACAUAUCUGGUGGAGCUAUUGGAACGAUGUUUGGGUCUGACAUUGCCUAUGUAUGUAUGAUGAAUCCAAGAAAUGUAGCUGGUAGACACAGAGAAAAGGAAAAAGAACAGGAAAUGUACAUCAAAGCAUGGAUUAUAUUUACUUUCAAUAGUAUCAUAAUUUUGAUGAGUCCA